CAAACAAACAUAUUCUUGUGAACAAUUGAAAUUUUGCUUGCCUACAAUGCAACAGCUUGAUUUGGAAUCACUUGUUGCCGGUGGCCAUGGGAAGGAUGCUUGCGAGACGCUUGUCGUUGAACAUGGAGAUGCGCCGGAAGAUCCUGAGAUUCCAGACAGUACUCUAGUUGAAGUUCCAGCUGAUUUUCCGCCGGAAUCGUUCUGGCUUUCCAAAGACGCCGAAUUUGACUGGUUUGAUCGUAAUGCUUUUUUGGAGCGGAAGGAAUCGACUAGAGGAAACUCGAAUUCGAUGAAUUUGAAUCCGAAUGUAAACCCUGGCCACUCCAAUCCGAAUUCACAGAGGUAUUCUGUGAGUUUGAAAUCAAAAGCUGCGAUUAUAGGUUUGCCUAAGACGCAGAAGACGACUUAUGUUGAUUCGAAGCGUCGACAGUGUAAACCGGUUAACGUACGGUUGUUUCCAAAGCGGUCGGAUUCGUUAGGGAAGGCUCCGACAACGGUUCCGGUGACGGAGCCGACUUCGCCGAAGGUGACGUGUAUUGGCAGAGUUAGAUCGAAGAGGUGUCGCAGCCGUCGGAGGUCAUCUGCACAAGCUAGUCAACCGGAGAAGUCUGCUAGUCAACGAUCCGGAACAAGCAGAGGACACAAAACUGGCUUUAUGUCUCGUAUAACGUCGUUAUUCCGUUCUGAAGGUUCUCGCCGUAGAAAAAACUGUAAAUCGUCGGAAAAAGUCAAAGAACCGGCGGAAAAUCCUGCUCCAAGGAGGAUCUGUGUGACUGUUAAACCGGUUAACAGUGAACCGGGGACACCAUCUGAACCACCUGCUUUAGGAGGAAUGAUGCGGUUCGCGUCAGGUCGCCGACCGGAACCGGAGUCUUGGGGAGGUUCCGAUGAUGACGUGGCUGGACGUCAUUCAUUGGAUUCAGGACGCCAUGCAUAGGUAAAUGGGUGGUCCCACCUGGUGAAGUUUGUUUAGCUGACGAAAACUGAAUUUCUGUGUGCUGGAAAAUAGUAAACCAAAGCGGGUUUUUUUUUCUUUUUUCUUUUUUUUUUCUUGUCGAAAAUCCUUUAUCCAUAUCGAGAUUGCUAAGGCCAGAGUAGUAUUUAUACAAUGACGCGUUUUACAGGCACAGAAAAUUGUACAUUAUUUUGUAUUUAGUAAUUUCGUCUCUGGAAAAUGGAUCAGAUUUCAUCG